CACGCUAGCAGGGGGUACGGCCGUGAGCGGCAGGACAGGGAGAAGAUCGACCGAGGACGUUUGGCAGGAGCGUGCAGCCCUCCACGCGCGGUUUCUUGAGGGCGGGAGGCAGGGCGUGGCCACGGACUGCGCGGUGUGGGUUUCUGUGUUCUGCUGUGGGGGAGUUUCGGGCUGUUCAGCUUCAAAAUGGAAGCCAAAUACAACGUUUAGAAAUGGAUAUAGGUAAUAAUGGUUUCUAAAAGCUUGAAGAACAAGCCAGACGCGUUAGAAGCUGCUGAAGAUGAGGCUGCGCAACGCCAAGCGUCAAGAAUGACAGUGAAAUGAUGGGAAAAGAUACGGACUGUCCAACCUGAUUAACAAAUUAUGAGCGAGACUACGAGAACGGGGAACCAAUAUUUUAAGAGGGCGGUGCCUUCCUGACUGACGCUGGAGGGAGAGUCCCGAUGAGCCGCUGACUUCUGUCCACCUGGGUCCUCAGGAAAAGACUGCAAUGUCCCAGACACGGGAUUAUGAAUGUGAGAGCCAUGACGCUGGUGUGCAAGAGCCCCGGAUUUCAGGAUCAAGCACGAGGCUGGAGUGGGUGGAGAUCAUCGAGCCGCGCACCCGCGAGCGUAUGUAUGCCAACCUGGUCACGGGCGAGUGCGUGUGGGACCCUCCUGCCGGCGUCCGCAUCAAGCGCACCAGCGAGAACCAGUGGUGGGAGCUGUUUGACCCCAACACAUCCCGCUUCUACUAUUACAGUGCUAGCACCCAGCGCACUGUGUGGCACCGGCCGCAGGACUGCGACAUCAUCCCCCUGGCCAAGCUGCAGACCCUGAAGCAGAACACUGAGUCACCCCGCGCCUCGGCGGAGAACAGCCCUGGGAGGGGCAGCGGCGUCAGCCGCGAGGGCAGCACCAGCUCCUCCCUGGAGCCCGAGCCGGAUGCCGGCGAGAAGGCGCAGGAGCCUUCGGGGAGGACCAGUCGGCAGGCCACUUUUGGGGCUCUGAAGGACGAGAGCGGCAGGGACGGUGUUUCCCCAUGGAAGGGUUACUUCAGCUUUCAGGGGACAGAGCGGAGUCUGAUGACCUUGCACCACUGCAUUCCCAAGUGGCUUCCAUGCAAAAUAAUCAGUUUGCCAUGGUGGCACAUUUUGGGGUGGCCUGCCCUGGGCCCCUACAUUGGACACACACCAGAGGUCAGAGGCCAAAGAGGUGGUGGCUGGGCAGGCCUGAGGAGACUCGGGGACUUUUGGGCGUUGCCCCCAGAAAGUGGCGCUGCCCCUGGUGAGGUUGGGGAGCCCCAGGGGUGAGCACCCAGAAGAAAGCAAAUGGGUGUGUGGGCUCUGCCUCUGGCUUCCUGUGGGGCCCACGCUGUGCUGCUGCCGAGAGGCCCUCCCGGCACUCCCUCUGUCCAUCAGCUUCGACAGCCUCUGGGCUCAUCACAUAGUCUCCGUUUUAUUGGAUCGUGAUGAUUUUGAAUUCUUUAUCCUAUUGGUUGCUGACUCAUCUCUGUAAUUAGGUGGAGAGACUGGAUUCUGUUUCGGGUUCUGUUGGCAGAUGUGUCUGUCACGCCCAUUCUCGGGCUACCCUUCUCUGCCCUGUGCCAUGCUGCCCAGUGGUGGGAGUGUCCUCCUCGGGUGCCUCGGAUAUUCUCUGGGGUGGUGGGGGUUACUGCAUCAGUUUGGGGUCAGGAUUUCCACAAGAAGCCCUGUUUGGAUUUGGAUUAGAAUUGUACUGAGUUUGGGCGCCUGGGUGGCUCAGUUGGUUAAGCGACUGCCUUCGGCUC